GGACUAUUCUUCCCUACUCUCAAGCCAGUAAAUCAUGCCGUGGGUACAGCCGUCCGAACACGAAGAACCGAUGCACAAUUCUAUAAUAUUCCAGGCCAAACCCUACACAUAUGUUUACAUGCUUGUUAGGAUAACUUGUAAGGCCGUUCAUACUCUCGGUAGUCUUACUGUGCCUGUCUGAUACCUGCGUUUCUUACUUGCUUAUGCACUGAAAAGAAGCAUUAGUUGCCCUAAAAGCCUUUACUAUAUAACAUAAUGGGUAAAAAGCAACAAGCUAAGCCGGCGGCGCUUGGCAAGCUACGCGGUUCUAAAGAUGCGCGCGCACAAGCAUUAGCAGCUGCGGAAGACAGCGACAACGAUAACCCGGCCGGUAUACUGCAAGAUAAUGAUGACUUUGUGGGUCCCAGCGCCAGCGGUAGCGGCAGUGAGGAGGAUGGCGAUUUCGGCAGCGACAGCGGCAGCGAGGAGGAGCAGGAAGCUGCAAUGGGUGGGGAUGCGGGAGACAGUGAGGAGGAAGGAGACGAGGACGACGAUGGUGGAGAGGAGAAGGACAGCGAGGAUGACCUCUUGCCAGAUGAGUUCGGUGAUGACGAGGAGGAGGAAGGGCAGCGGAAGAAGCAGAAGCAGCGGAAACUUCGGCAGCAGGACGGGCAGAGCAGCGAUGAGGGUGAUGAUGGCAGCGGUAGUAGCGACGGUGGUGCCAGUGGCAGCGACGGCGAAGAUGGGGAGGGGGACCUGAUGGCCGACGACGAAGCAGGUGACGAUAGCGAAGAGGGCGAGGAGGCGCGGCGUCGCUCGGGCGCCCAGGCCGGCACCACCACCGCUGCUGCUGCGGGCGGGGGUUUCACGCAGGGCGCCAAGGGGGCCUCGUUCGCCAAGGCGUUCAGCAAGCUGCUCGAGAGCAAGGCGAAGGCCAAGGCGGGGGAGGAGGCGCCCAUCCUGGCGGCCUCCAAGUCCCUAGCCAAACGGCAUGCGGAGGAGGAGGCGGAUGCGGCUGCGCGGCGCGAGGCGAAGCGCGCGCGUCAGGAGCGGCGGCGGCGGGGCCACGCGGCGGUGCCGCGGCGGGGUGAGGACCCGGAGCACGACCAGCUGGAGAAGCAGCUGGGGCGGCUGGCGACAAGGGGUGUCGUACUGCUGUUCAACGCAAUCGCCAAGGCCCAGAAGCAGCAAACAGGAGGCGCAGCCGCCGCCGCUUCCAAGCCAGCAAAGCUCAGCAAGGCCUCCUUCCUUGCGCAACUCAAGGCAGGUAGCAGCGGCGGCGCCGCUACUGGCGCCGCCGGCAGCGUGCUUGCAGCCGCCGCUUCGGACGCUGCCGCCGCGGCUGCUGCGGGUGCUGCUGGGGGGGCGGCGGCUCCCGGCUGGAAGGUGCUGCAGGCGGGGUUCAGUGGGUUGCCGGGCGGCGGCAGCAAGAUGAAGGACUGGGACCGCAAGCCGGGUGGCAGCGAUGAUGAGGACGUGGCGGGUGCGGGGGGUGCUGCGGCGGGGUCAGAGAGCGAUGACGAUGGGGAGGGAUGGUGAUGAGCGGCUUUGGGGCGGAGGGUGGAGUUGCUGCUGCUGGGGUUGGCACGCUGGGGUGUAACUUAGGAGGAGUCAGAGGAGGAACGCGGGGAGAAAGAAGAAGAAGAAAAACGUGUUCUGAUGAAUGCGAGCGGAAGAGGGGGAAGGGAGCCGUUAGGGCUUGACUGCGGUCAAGUUGGAGGAUUGCGAAGUGGCAGGGGGUUUACAGCUGUCAUCGGUCGGGCUUCAUGUCUGUCGGCGCGAACCUCUACCGGCUGAACCUCUACCGGCGAUGUAGUGUGCAUGCCACAACCUUUGCCAAACGUUGCCAGCGUAGCACGUUGGGAGGGAGGGCCGGAUAGGAGGCCCCCUGCCGGGUUGGGAACGACCAAGGGUACUUCUCCAUGUGUCUUGCAAAGCUG